AUGCGUUUCUUACGCUCUUUAAUACCUUCAUUGGUACUUGCUGGUGCCGGAAUUGUAACAGCAGCUUCAUCCUGGGGCUUUGAUGAAGCUAUUGUUUCUGUGAGCGGAAAGAGUGCUGGAGGCUUUAAGGACAAACUAUCAGACCAUGUCCCUCUUGCGAAAGCGGUUUCUCUUGGCGCAGCGGACACUCUUAAAAUUGUCCUCACGGCCACUGAAGAUCGUGCUGCCAAACGACCCCAUCAAGCAUUCUUACUCUUGAGAGAACAAGAUACUGGACUCGAAGUUACUUUCCCAUUCUCCGUGAAGGAGUCUGGCAAAGGAAAGGUUGACUUUACUCAAAAAGAUCUUCCAAUCCAGCUUCUCACGAGCUCUAAGCCUUUACGUGCCACUCUUGUUCUUGCGUCCUUUGGUCCUACACAAGCAUUCAUCAAUCACGUUUUUGACCUCGCUCUGUCCCUCGAUGCCAGCCAGCCAAUACCAUCCUAUGAAAAACCAUUGAGAUACGGAAAACUGCCUGAGAUCAACCACAUCUUCCGCGCCGAUCCUCAGAGCGGACCUAAGAUUUUUUCCCUCGUUUUCGCGCUCGCAGUCCUAGCAACUGUCCCAGUGCUGUUGGGUGCUUGGGCUUACCUCGGAGCCAAUCUUUCUCACUUAUCGAAAGCCACCUCCGCCGCACCAAUCUCACACGCCCUAUUUUAUGGCUCAAUCAUUGCCAUGGAAGGAAUCUUCUUCUUAUACUACUCAAGCUGGAACUUAUUCCAGACUUUACCCGCUGCAGGCGUUGUAGGAUUAGUCGCAUUCUUGAGUGGGAGCAAAGCGCUCUCCGAAGUGCAAAGUCGACGAUUGGCAGGGGAGAGAUAA